CUCUGUGCCCACACACCAUGUGUGCCCAGAUUCCCCUUAAUAGGUCUCUCUCGACUGCAUCAGUCCUCUCCUUCCCUUCCCCUUCCUCGUUCCCCAUCCGCUCUCCCUGACAAAGCGCCGCACAGAGCCAGGCUCUCGCCGGCGGCAGAGUAGCAGCGGCUGGUGAGGGGGGGGGGGGGGAAGCGAGCAGUAGGCUAGCUAGAAUAGCUAGAAUGAUGAGCACCAAGGCCAACACCGCCGACUGCCCGGAGUACGCGGAGGUCGAUCCCACCGGCCGGUACGGACGGUUCAACGACGUUCUUGGCAAGGGCGCGUCCAAGACCGUGUACAGGGCGUUCGACGAGUACCAGGGGAUGGAGGUGGCGUGGAACCAAGUGAAGCUGCAUGACUUCCUGCAGAGCCCGGAGGACUUGGAGCGGCUCUACUGCGAGAUCCACCUCCUCAAGACGCUCAAGCACCGCAACAUCAUGAAGUUCUAUACCUCCUGGGUCGACGUCUCUCGCCGCAACAUCAACUUCAUCACCGAGAUGUUCACCUCCGGCACCCUCCGCCAGUACAGGCAGAAGCACAUGAGGGUGAACAUAUGGGCGGUGAAGCACUGGUGCCGGCAAAUCCUCAGCGGCCUGCUGUACCUGCACAGCCACGAUCCGCCCAUCAUCCACCGGGACCUCAAGUGUGACAACAUCUUCGUGAACGGCAACCAGGGCGAGGUCAAGAUCGGCGACCUCGGCCUCGCCGCCAUCCUCCGUAAGUCCCAUGCCGUCCACUGUGUAGGCACACCGGAGUUCAUGGCGCCGGAGGUGUACGAGGAGGAGUACAAUGAGCUGGUUGACAUAUACUCGUUCGGGAUGUGUGUGCUCGAGAUGGUCACCUUCGAGUACCCGUACAGCGAGUGCACGCACCCGGUGCAGAUCUACAAGAAAGUGAUAUCUGGUACUAAGCCUGAAGCUUUGUACAAGGUGAAAGAUCCAAUGGUGAGGCAAUUUGUUGAGAAGUGCUUAGCAACGGCAUCGCAGAGGCUCUCCGCGAGAGAGUUGCUCGAGGACCCCUUCCUACAGUGUGAUGACAUGGCUUUUUCUUCGGAGGAUGGGGAUUACAACGAAACGAGCAAAUUCCUGCAGCAGCCUUCUUAUCUAGGGAAUGCUUAUAGCAAUGGCUCUAUGAUGAGUAAUGGAUUCUCAGAAAGCAUUGAUGAAGAUACACCGACUGAAGAUAGAUGGGACUGUGAGGAUGAUGACAUGAAAGGCCAAUAUAGCAUCAACUUGUUCAACGGGCACGAAGAUGAGCCUCUUGGCAAUGUGGAUAUCACAAUCAAAGGGAGAAAGAGUGAGGAUGGAGGCAUCUUCCUCAGACUACGAAUUGCUGAUAACGAUGGACAUGUGCGGAACAUCUAUUUUCCUUUUGACAUUGAGGCUGAUACUGCAUUAAGCGUCGCAACUGAAAUGGUAGCUGAGCUGGAUAUAACUGACCAUGAAGUUACUCGAAUAGCUGACAUGAUCGAUGGUGAGGUCAGUGCAUUGGUGCCAGAUUGGAGGCCUGGUCCGGGCAUAGAGGAAGCUCCGGACAAGUCAUACUGCCAUAAUUGUGGAUCCAAUGUGUCGUCGUGUGGUUCACUUUACGCCUACAUGUCAUCAACUGCUCGAGGCUGCCAAUGUGCGGAGCUACAUGGGCGGUUUGAGGAGAUCACGUUCCCAGCCGAUGGAGAGCAGUGUAAUUUGCAGGAUUCUCAAGGGAGCUACGACGAUGGAGGCGGCCAAACGGAGCAUUAUGUCAAAGGCAAGGUGUCCACUCUCGUGAAUGGCUUCGUACAGAUGGGUAGAAGAGGUCCUUCUAAUCAGCUUUGCUUCAGUUCAUUCCAAGAACAGUCCUGUUCGUUUAAUCAAUAUGAGAAUGACACUAACCAUCAGGUGAAUGGGUUCGACAUGAAGCAUGAGAUAAAGAUUGCCAAGUACAAAGCGCGGAAAAUGGCACAGCUUAAGAGAGCUAUUCAUCCAUCUCUUGACUUCGACAACGCAAAUGGAUUAAGUAGGAUGAAACCUUCACUGAACAAGCUGCAAUCUUUUCAUAUUGGAAAGAACAACAAUUUUCGCGUACCGACCUGCGAGCGAAGGUCAGACGCAGGAAGCGCCAAUCAUCACUCAAACAUGAACAAUCAAGUGUGGCAGCGCAGUCACCCCGGUCCGGGAGCCCAGAGGGCCCGGCAUUGUGAGGUCGACGCCGAAAGCAAUGAAGAUUGUAUGUUUACAGCCAGGAGCUACUAUACCGGAGCUCAGUUGCCGCAAAAUCUCCCAAGAACCAAAUCUGUACCCUUAAAUGCUGUCGAUGCCUGAAACACUUUAUUGCUGUGUAAAUUUUAUAGAGUGUGCAUUGUUUUGGUUCUUUCUGUAAGCAAUAUGAAAUAUAGCUGGUAGGCAAGAGACUGGAAUGUGACUGGGGUUGUCUGUGGAUUAAGCCUGAGCUGUAUGUAACUUAAAGCCUUGUGAAUCCAGAGUGGUUCUUUUAGGCUGUGCAAGUGCAAUCUUCAUCAUUUGCCUCA